CGGCGGGCCUGAGUAUCUUCAAUGCCGUCGUCGUUGUUGAAUAUCUGUGGCUCCACAUAGGACCCACCAGGCGGAGGACCCUCUUUACUAAAACUCGGCUUGCAAUGGCAUCCAAGUGAAACCAGUUUGAGGAACAAAGAUUCGCAGAGGCAGGGGCUUCUUGUUUGGGGUUUUUAGUUGAGUGGGGAUUAACAAGAUGUGGAUUUUUGGGGUGAAAGGGCCAAGUGGGUUCUCUGCUUCUUCCACGGCAGAGGAGGUUACCCAGGGAAUCGAUGGAACUGGUCUCACUGCCAUUGUUACAGGAGCAUCCAGUGGUAUAGGUGAAGAGACAACACGUAUUCUUGCAUUGCGUGGUGUGCACGUAGUCAUGGCAGUUAGAAACGUCGAGGCUGGUAGGAAUGUCAGAGAAACAAUACUUAAGGAAAACCCUUCUGCUAAGAUUGAUGUUAUGGAGUUAGAUCUCAGCUCAAUGGCGUCAGCCAGAAAAUUUGCAUCAGAGUACAACUCCUCGGGACUUCCUCUGAAUCUCCUAAUAAACAAUGCAGGGAUAAUGGCAACUCCAUUUAUGCUUUCUGAAGACGGAAUAGAAUUGCAAUUUGCGACAAAUCAUUUAGGUCAUUUUCUUUUGACAAGUCUGCUGUUGGAGACCAUGAAAAACACCGCACGUCAAAGCAACAGAGAGGUUAGGAUCAUUAAUGUGUCAUCGAUGGCUCACCGAUGGACAUAUAGCGAAGGAAUUCAAUUUGAUGAAAUUAGCAGUGAACCAAGUUACAACACUACACUUGCUUAUGGACAAUCAAAGCUUUCUAAUAUUUUACAUACUAAUGAGCUUGCAAGGUGCCUAAAGCUGAAGUUAAGAACAGGAAGUAGAAAUGUUACACCUAUUUCUGAUGCGAAGAUAGGAGGUGUUCCUCAUUCACUUCAUUCCUACCGCAAAGUGACAGUAACAAAUAUUCAGUUCCUGGAAGAUGGAGUGGACGUCACUGCUAAUUCACUUCAUCCUGGAGCAGUUGGUACCAAAAUUCUGCGCCACAACAGUUUUCUUAAUGGUGUUGGCAAUGUGAUCGGUAUAUUUCUAAGAUAUUUGGUAAAAAAUGUUCAGCAGGGAGCGGCAACAACGUGUUAUGUAGCAUUGCAUCCUCAAGUGAAGGGAGUAAGCGGGGAAUAUUUUUCGGAUAGUAACAUAGCCCAGCCAAGCGUGAAAGCAAAAGAUGCAGCAUUAGCCAAAAAGCUAUGGGAUUUCAGCUUGAGCUUGACAACCCCCAAGUAGUUGGGUUUGGAAGGCUUUUGCUGAUGAAUUGCAGAUUUGGUCUACUUCAAGUAACCCAAUGCACAUUCAAAUUAGUAUAUACUUGAAUGUUGCUUUAAUCAAUUCAAAUUAGUAUAUGCUUGAAUGUUGCUUUAAUCAAUAAUCAGAAACUACGUGGUAGGUUUUUAGAUUUGGGAUGAAGUGAGAAGACCUUCUUUUCUUCUUCAGUCUCUUCAUCCUCAUCUUCAUGAAUAUAAUCAUCUUUGUCUCGUUCUUGUUCUUC